GGAUUAUGCCUCUCUGGGUCACAUUUCCAAUUGUAUUCAGAUUCCAGCCAGGGUCUGUGCACAUACACAAUACAAAUAAAACUCUUCACCUUGUUAGAUCAGUGGUUAAAGAUUAAGCACUGCAGAUUUCAGGCGAAAUUCUUUAUAAACCGGUGGUUUGGGGAGAAAAGACAGGAGACGAGUUUGGACAAGGCAUCAGGAUGAAGACCUGGAUCCCAACAUGGGUUAUGUUAAGCCUCGUCUGUAUCUGCAUCAGAGCGGGCACCGUGGAACAGAAAACAUGCUGGGAUGAGAAGUACACUAUCAAUUCAUGCCAUAAAGUAUUUUGUGCUCCCUGGCAAAGAUGUGUGGAUGGGAAAUGUAUUUGUAAGCUGCCUUACCAAUGUCCUCGAAAUAUGACCAUAGGGGCCUGCAGUGAAGGCAGGAAAAGCUUUAUAAACUACUGUCAGUUAAAGAGUGCAGAAUGCACCAACGCAAGACACAGGUUUUCUUCAGCGACUCCAUGCGUUGGUGGCACAUUUGAAACAUUGUUGAAAAAUGAAAAUCCAACAAAACAGAAGGGUAUUAUAAAAAUCAAAUUACCCGGCCAAAAUAGUGAAUUCUUUGUGUGUCCUGAAAAAUGGACUAUCACAGAAGCCAAUGUAGCCUGCCGACAACUUCAAUAUUCCCAAGGUGCUUUCAGUGAAGAUUUACAGUACGAUCUCUCAGAGACUGAUGAUAGUCAGCUGCAGUGUCUUCAGGUGACAUGCCGAGGAUCUGAGACCACCCUGGCGGAAUGCAGUAUUAAGAACAGCACAAGUACAAGCAAUAUGCGAGCUGGUGUUUCAUGUUAUAAGGAGACACAUGAAUGUGGACAAGAUCAGUUCACUUGUGUCAACAAAAAAUGCAUCGCUCGUAAUCAAACCUGUAAUGGGCAAAAUGACUGUGGAGACCUCAGUGAUGAACUCUGCUGUACAGAGUGCAGAGGUGCUUUUCACUGUAAGUCAGAUGUAUGUAUUCCCCUGGACUAUGAGUGCAAUGGUGAACUGGACUGUAUCAGUGGAGAAGAUGAGGUCGGCUGCAAAGAACGUACAGCAGAAAGAUCAGAAAAUCCUGUAUCUGGUGUUAAUGAACAUACAGCAGCAAGAUCAGAAAAUCCUGUAUCUGGUGUUAAUGAGGGAAGCAAUGCAUUAAAGUAUGACAUUAAUGCAGAGAGAAGACUUAUAAAGGAAAGCAUUCCAAGCCUCUCCUGUGGAGUUGCUAAACAAGAGCACACGAGAGUGAAGAGAAUUGUUGGAGGACAAAAAGCAGAAAAGAAUCAGUUUCCAUGGCAAGUCGCCAUAAAAGAUGGCAGCAAAGUUAACUGCGGAGGAAUUUAUAUAGGUGGCUGCUUUGUAUUGACAGCUGCUCACUGUGUCAGGUCAGACCAGGCCCAUAAAUACCGUAUUAUUGUUGAGCUCCUGGAUCGCCUGGCUUAUGACAAAGACAUUGAUUCCUUUCCAGUGAAAAGUGUAAGAGUCCAUGAACUCUAUAAUCCUAACACAUAUGAAAAUGAUAUUGCUCUGCUUGAAGUGAUAAAUAUAUACAAUGAACCAGCAUGCAUGCAAGUUGACAAUAAUCUCCUAGCUGCUUGUGUACCUUGGUCACCUUAUCAGUUCAAGGAAGGGGACAUUUGUACAGUCUCUGGAUGGGGACGUUCAGAAGGCUUGAGCAAAGUGUUUCAUCUAAAGUGGGGCCAUAUUUCACUGAUGAACAAUUGUUCAACUGUUUACAAAGGACGCUUCUUUGAUAAAAUGGAGUGUGCAGGAACGUAUGAUGGAUCAAUAGACUCCUGCAAAGGCGACUCAGGAGGACCUCUGAUAUGCCGUGAUGCUGAGAAUGUGGCAUAUGUAUGGGGAAUCGUAAGCUGGGGAGAGAACUGUGGUUUGCCUGGUUACCCUGGAGUAUACACAAAGGUCGCUCACUACUUUGAGUGGAUAAGUCGACAAGUGGGAAGACAGCUCAUUGCAAAACAUAAUAUUUGAUAAAACUUACAAGUUCUUCCAGAAGUUAAUGAUGUCCUAAUAUGAUUUACUUCCUCUUUAUGUAUAUACACAUGUGGGCAACAAUAAUAAAGGCAUACUCCCUCUUGCAGUUUUCA